AUGUCGGAGUUCAGUCUUCCGCAGGAAACAGGGAAGGCCCUGGAGAGGGGGAAGCUUAGCACUUCUUCCCCCUCCACAGUCUUCCCGGCUAACUCUUCAGGCUGGCACUACGGUUCUUCUCGCAGCCGUAUUGUACCGAAAGAGAAGGAUACUGUGCGCAAAUUUGCGUGUCCAUACCACAAACGGUAUCCUGGCCAGCAUCUCCCUUCCACGUCGUGUGUAUCUCCUGGCUUCCCCAACAUCUUCCGGGUGAAGGAACAUCUCUACCGGAAGCACAAGGCUUCAAAUACGAGAUGCUCGAGAUGCCAGGAGAUCUUUGGCUCAGAAGAGGCUCUCGAGCAUCAUCAAAGAGCUCGCGAUGUUUGCGCAAUCCAACAAGCACCAGAGCCAUCGGGAUUCACCAAGGAGCAGGAGAAACAGCUUCGAAGUCGAAAAGGAUCGAAACGUAGGACCGAGGAGCAGAAGUGGAUGGAUGUAUAUCGCAUUCUCUUCCCCCAAGACAACAACGAGCCCAACCCCUACGUUGAUGGACAGCAGCCUUCAGACUUCCACCGCUUCAAAGAGUACAGUCGCGGGGUGUUCCCUGAGGUCUUGUCACGCAAACUUGCAUCUUCCGAAUGUUCGCUGGACUUAGUUAUGGAAUGCCAAGAGGAGGUGUUUCAGCUGUUUCAGGAGGACAACGAUGCCGACUUUGAGGCACCCACACCUGACAGCACUACUGUAGCCGAGAGCGGAGCGAGGUCAAAGCCUCCAUUCUAUCAUUCCGCUGAUAACAACUUCAUGCCAAUGGGCCUCGACCAACAGACAAAGGUCCCCGGAAUCGAAACUGCCUACCCAACAUGGAUCAGCAACGGCGGCAUGAACCCAACUAGCAUGAACAACACCGGAUGGAACAACGCCGGAUGGAACAAUCCAGCCGUGGUGCAACCUUCGUCCUUUACGGGCGGUGCAAAUUUCGAUUUCAUGGGAAACUAUCCGCCCUUGGGUGAAUUGGGCCUCAGUUCUGAUUUCUACGACUUCUCGAAUGGGGCAAAUAUCGAUUCCGGUUGCAAUCACUAUGACCAGCGGCCGCAGCAGGCUGAACCCCACACGAAACCUACAGGAAAAGAGCAUCUCUCUACUCGUCAUACAGAGGAUUGGAAUCCUUCUCAAUCCAAACCCCCCCACGCUAACAAGUUGCUACGAGAGAGAAAAUAA